UUCGAAAUACUCUUCUGACGUGAAAUUUGACAUAUAUGUUGUAAAAUUUGUAAACAAGAACAUGUUUAUCUUUAAUUUGAUUUGAUUUGUUGAUUAGGAGGUAAAUAUUUCUUCGUUAAGAUUAAGUGGAAAAAUAGCAUUAAUAAUAAAAUGUCGUUGAAAAAAUUACCGAACGAAAUUCAAUCUUUAAUGUGUGCGUCAAUACACAUAAAUACUUUCAAGAGAGCCGUCGAAGAAUUGGUUUACAAUGCUUUAGACGCACAAUCGACGUCAAUAGCCAUCCGAGUCCACAUUAAUGAUGGUGCAUUGCAUGUAAUUGAUAACGGACGCGGUAUACAUAAAUUAGACUUUGAUUUACUGGGACAAAUGUACGCCACUAGCCAUUACGUUGACAAAACCACUUUGGAAUCGGGUUCUAACAAAUACGGAUUGGCGGGUGUAUCCCUAGCGAAUAUUAUUGAAGUUUCGAAGUACAUUAAAAUAACAUCAAGACACGAAAGCGGCGAAGAGGCGUGGGUUAAAGAAUUUUGUAAGAAUAAGGUUAAAAAGCCGUAUGGGAGAAUCAAAAGACCUUCUAAAGGAACUACGAUACAAAUUAAAGGAUUUUUAUAUAACAAAUGCAUAAUAAAGAAGUCUCUUAACGCUUUACGAGAAUUUCAAGAAAUUAAAACUUUCUUAGAGCAAAUAUCUGUAGUGCAUACUAGUAUUUCAUUAAGCUUGAGGGAUGAAGAAAAAAAUGAAAUAGCAUUUCAGGUACAUAAGACAAGAGAUGUUUACAAAACUCUAAAUGUUCUCUUUAAUAUACAAAGAUGCGAUCUACAAGAAUUUAUAGUGGAGAAAAAUCACUACAAAGUUACAGGAUUUAUUGGAAAAAAAGAAAUUUGUAUUAAAUUGCAAUGGAUUUUUCAUAACAAUAAAUUCGUUAGCAGAAACAACAAGGUCUAUAAGUUGUUAAAAGAAUAUCUGAAGACUACAAAACGCAAAAGGAAAAUUGAUGUAAAGUCGAAUUUAAACUAUAAAGGAUGUGAUGAAGAAUAUAAUUUAAAAUAUAAAAUAUCCUUUUACCUUAUUUUUAUACAAAGUCCGCUUACUGAUUACGUCACUAAAGGUUCAUAUCUUGAAUUUAAAAACUGGGAAAUUGUUAAAAAACUGCUACAAAAAUUGGUACAAUUUUAUUUUGGUAAUAUCCAACUCAAGGAAAUUUCAGUUAAUCCAAUCGAUAAAAAGAAUGUGAAACCACAGGCUGACAUACGAGAUCAAGUAAAAAUUAUUAUGGAAAGGUUUUUAAGUAGCAGAAAAUUGGGAGUUUCACAGUUACAAAACGGUAUUACAGGUAAACUGGUCAAUCGUAAACGUUCAAGACGAAGCUUACGCAGUGUAGGUAACCAGAUAAGUAAACUUGAUAUUCCAAUAGAAAUAGAACAAAAAAACCCAAACGUUGAGCUCUGUGAAAAUAAAAAUUAUAAUAAAGGCAUCGUAACUGAUUUAAAACGAAACAGUGGUAUUGAAAACGAUCGGCUUAUCGGAAAGAGUAGAUCAGAAAAUAAUAAUAACCAUAUAAUUUUACCACAAAGAGUCAAAAAACGAGCACCUGAUGAUAAAACUAAGGCAAAACAUAAGAAUAUUCAGGCCGAAAGAAAAAUUAAAGCCAAGAAAAACAAACAAAAUACCAUUAAUGAUUCGAUUAUACAAAGAUUUAUUAAGCCAACGGAUAGCGUCCAAAAAAGAUGUGAUAUUAUUUCUCGUAAAGCCCAAGAAGCUUUGAAUCACAUAAAACCAAAGAAACAACAAAUACUUAUAAAGGAAAAUGUUUAUAAUAGCAAUACUUUUCAAGGAAAUAAACAGAUUUCAGUUCGCAAAAGGGUCAACGAAAUUGUUAUACAUGAUUAUUUACCUUUACCUCCGAAAAUAGACCGAAAAAAUAUUGAUAGCCAUUAUAUAAAGACCAGAGAUAGAUGCUUAUGUACGUAUGAUCUAAUUAACACUAUUCUACAAAGUCAAGGUGUACGCCACGAAAUACAAAAUGAUAAAUAUCAAAUCACACAAACUCAAAGAAAAGCUUCGGAAAUCGCAGAACAUACCCAACUGCUACCAUCAUAUUUAACUUUUCAAAGUCAUUGUCACGCUAUGAACAUGGAAGUUUUGGAAAAUCUAGGAAAAUUUGUACCAAAACAAAAUGCUUGCUCGAAAAAAAGUAACUUGGAGUUAUCGUCAUCACCUACAAGAAAUCAAAAUCAGAGUAAACAAAAAUCUAAUUUUAACAUAGAGGAUACUCCAAUUGGUGGCACGUCAUCUUUCAAAAACGCUUCCAUUAAAUUAAAAUCUAAUUUAGAAGAUCCGAUAGCAAAUAAAAUGCUUUCGUCUCAGUCUCUACAAGAAUCGAAUUUUCAAAGUGGUCACUUCGGAAAUAUAAAAAAAACUUACAUUGUUUCCAACGAUAAUAGUAACAAUAUUUCGCUUCGGAAUCCAGACGGAGAAAAUUACUUAAAAGAAAAUAUGAUUAUAAAUGAAACCAUACCUCUGUCGAUUAGUAUUGAUCGUGAUAAUUUCUCAUACAACGACUUAACUUUACCAAAUACACAGGAAAACCCCAACAUAGAUAAUUUAAUAAAUAUAGAUCCUAUGGAUAUUUGUGAAACAGUAAUGAGCGGAGUUGAGAAGGAAAUAACAACAUUGAGCUCUUCUUCAAAAACAGAAAUGAAUAAUAAAAAUAGUAUAAUAGAUAGAAGCGAUGUAAAUAAUAAACAAAAUAAAAAAAUCGAUAUAGUUUCUCAUUAUUCAGAUAGUCUUGAAUGUCCCAAUAUCAAUAUUAAUUUGAUCGAUAAUGCAAACACAAGAUUACGAUCAUCGUAUUUCGAUAAUCGAACUGCUGAUAAUACAAAAUCAGAUAAAAUAAACAAACUCGAAUCAGUUGCCCAAGACAUAUGCGUUGCUACUGAAAUCCAUUUUGGUAUGAAAAGCAGAUUACGAUUUAUACCAAAAGGUAUGUCACAAAUAUUUGAAAACUGCAAUUCUAAAGGAGUAUGUAGUUACAAUUUCGAAGAGGACUACUUUGAAAAUAAUUUGUAUGACGAUUUUGAUAAUAACGUACAGAUGAAUUCCAAUAUGUUUGAUCCAAUAUUACAAGAACUAUGGAAUAAUGCUACUACGGGUAUUGAGAAAUUAACUAAAAAAAUCGACAAAGAAAACACUUCUCUUAAAUUCGACGCUCAAUCCAUAAAAAGCGCAAAAGUUUUAGGUCAAGUUGACUAUAAAUUUAUUGCUGCUAUUGUCAAUGGUAAAAACUAUAACAAAAAGGAAGCGGUUGAAUCGUUGGUAUUAUUUGAUCAACAUGCUGUCGAUGAAAGGAUAAGACUUGAGAAAAACCUAUCAGAAUAUUUACAAAAGCAGCAAUGGAAAAAAGUUAAUAUUGAUGACGUUCAUUUGACAUUAAAUAAGGACGAAAUACUUUAUCUUCACAAUUACAAAGAUAAGCUCUCCCGGUUGGGUAUAGAAUGGAAUAUAUUGGGUAAUGACCAAAUAAUACUUAGUUCUGUACCACAAUCAAUAUUGGGAAAAAUCCCUAGACAGAUGGAGAAAGUCGUAGAGGCUGUAAAAAAAAUUAUAGCCGAAGAAAUAAACAUCAUUAAACAACAAAGUGGUUGCAUUUCUUUAUACCCAAAAGCAAUUAUGGAUUUAGUUUUCAGUGAGGCCUGCAGAUACGCCAUAAAGUUCGGCGAUAAGCUGUCAAUGGGACAAUGUGAAGACAUGCUGAAUGCUCUAUCGGAAUGUAAAAUGCCAUUCCAGUGUGCUCACGGUAGACCCGUCAUGGCUGUUCUUAUCGAUGUUGUAAAAAAUAACAAUGAGUACAAGAUAAAUUUGUCGAAGCUGAAGGAGUAUAAAUUGAAGAAUUUGAUACGACGAAUUUGAUUAUGCGAAGACGUUGAUAGUUAAAGAUAAAUAGAUCGAUUAUAUUAUGUAUAUUCUCAUGUUUGACUUCAGAAGAGUAUCGUACAAACAAUAAAUGAUAAUCUGAAUCUUCAAACACACCUUACUUUAGGUACCGUAUGUACCACGAUAACUGCUAUCGAUGUCUCUAGCGACAACGCAAUUUUUUAAACAAUGUGAUUGUUAUUAAUUAUAGAAAAUAAAU